UAAAUAUAAGCAUGUGUUGCAUACGUGUCAAAAUGUGUUGUGUUGUUUUUUCUAUAUUAAAUAAAUAAUUUGCUCCAUCGUGGAAUGUUGUUCAUCCAACAAAACUGUCCAACAUAAUGUUUGUUGUAUUCGUGUCGUUUUUUUUUACCUAGUCAACUAAUCAAUUCAAUUAAUUUAUAAAAAAAUAAAUAAACAACAUGUUUAUUAGAAAAAAAUUUAUUUUAAAGCUUGCAAUUUGUCUGCUUUAUGUUGUUUGUAUAUUAAUUAUUGCUAAAACAAUAAAACAAUUAUCAGUUGAAAAUUUUUUCUAUCCAAAUGAGACUUAUUUCCCUGAAGAAACAGAACAUUUUUUAGAAAAACCAUCAUCUGUCAACUCUCAAUUCGAAAAAUGGUUAACGAGUUACGAGAAAGAAAUAAUUCCAAAUCUUGGUGAAAAUGGUAAACCAAGUUUUCUAUAUGGAAAAGAAAAAUUAAUAGCUGAAAUGAUAAAAAAAAAAAAAGCUAUUAAUGUAUUAUUGUCAAAUAAAAUUUCAUUAAAUAGAAGUCUACCUGAUGUACGUGAUGAGCUAUGUCAAAAUGUAACAUAUGAUGAAGAUGAUUUACCAUCAGCAAGUGUUGUAAUAAUAUUUUUCAAUGAACCAUUGAGUGUUUUGUUAAGAACAAUAACAAGUGUUAUAAAUGGUUCACCAGCAAAAUUACUAAAAGAAGUAAUAAUUGUUGAUGAUUCAAGUGAUGAAGAAGAACUAAAAGGAAAAUUAGAUUAUUAUAUUACAAAAAGACUAUCAAAAAAAGUAAAAAUAAUUCGUUUACCAAAAAGAUUAGGAUUAAUUCGUGCUAGACUUGCUGGUGCUAGAAAAUCAACUGGUGAUGUACUUGUAUUUCUUGAUGCUCAUUGUGAAGUUAUAACAAACUGGCUUGAGCCAUUAUUACAAAGAAUUAAAGAUAAAAAUAAUGCUGUUCUUAUGCCAAUAAUUGAUAGUAUAUCAGAAGAUACAUUGGAAUAUAAUCAUGAUAAUAAUCCAAGUUUUUUUCAAGUUGGAGGUUUUACAUGGGCUGGACAUUUUACCUGGAUUGAUAUUCAAGAUAAAGAAAAAAAUAGAAAAACAAGAAUAUCACCAGUUAAUUCACCAACAAUGGCUGGUGGUUUAUUUGCAAUUGAUAGAAAUUAUUUUUGGAAAAUUGGAAGUUAUGAUGACAAAAUGGAUGGUUGGGGUGGAGAAAAUUUAGAAAUGUCCUUCAGAAUAUGGCAAUGUGGUGGAUCAUUGGAGACAAUUCCUUGCUCAAGAGUUGGACAUAUAUUUAGAAAUUUUCAUCCUUAUAAAUUUCCCAAUAACAAAGAUACUCAUGGAAUAAAUACAGCAAGACUUGUUCAUGUUUGGAUGGAUGAUUAUAAACGUUUAUUUUUAUUGUAUCAUGAUGAAUUUAAAUAUGUUGAUGAUACUAUUGGUGACCUGAGUGAACGUAUUAAACUUAGAAAUAAUUUAAAAUGUAAAAAUUUCAAGUGGUAUCUUGAUAAUGUAUAUCCAGAGAAAUUUAUUCCUGAUGAAAAUGUUAUUGCAUAUGGACGUGUUAAACUUAGAGAUACAAAUUAUUGUCUUGAUAAUUUACAACAUGAUGAAGAUAAACCAUAUAAUCUUGGUGUUUAUGGUUGUCAUUCGAAAUUAUUUCCAAGUCAGUUAUUUUCAUUGAGUAAUGCUGGUGAAUUAAGAAGAGAUGAAACUUGUGCAAUUGUUAAAGAUGAAGAUGUUGAUGAAGCCAAAAUUUCAACAGUUAAAAUGAUAGAAUGUGAUUCGAAAUCAGAAAAUAAUAAAUGGAUAUUAACGAAAAAUGGAAAUAUUGUUCAUGUUAUUUCUGGUUUGUGUUUAGAUGGAACUGAUAUUCAAGAUGAAUCAGAUUUAUUUGUUAAAACUUGUACUGAUACAACUAAUCAAAUGUGGGAUUUUGAUUAUUAUGUUGAUUCUCUCAAAAUUGGAUCAUAGAGAUACACAAAAUAUUAUGAAAAUUUAUAUUUAAAAUAUUGUUAUAUUUUUAUGGUACUGAUUAUUGCUCAAAAAAAUUGUUGAAUAUUUUAAAUAAAUUUUUAAUACACUUUUAAAA